AUGAUCUUCUCACUCCGGAGCGCCGCCCGCUCCCUAUUCCUCCUUUCCAGCCUCCUCGGCGCAUCUAAUGCGGCCUCCUUCACGAACCCCCUAAAAGAUCCAAACGGUAGCGAUCCCUAUGCCGUGUACGUCGAUGGGUAUUACUACCUGACGACGACGACCUGGACGGACGUGCAGAUUACGCGCGCGACAACACUCGAGGGUCUCAAGACUGGCGAAGUCCAGGUUGUCUGGAGCGACAGCGAUCCCAAUCGGUGCUGCAGCGUUUGGGCGCCGGAGUUCCACCUCAUCGAUGGAGUGUGGUAUCUGUACUACACCGCCGGUAGCAGCGACACGCUCGAUAACCAGCGCGUGCAUGUUCUUCAAGGCGGCGCUUCCCCCUGGGACCCAUACACGUAUCUGGGCCAGGUAACCCCGGAAUGGGGCAUCGACGGCACCGUCCUCACGGUAGAGUCGCAAAACUACCUCAUCUGGUCCUGCAUGGCCAAUGGGAUCCAAUGCAACUGCAUCGCAACCCUUGACACACCUUCAACAAUCGGCGAAACGCACAUCCUCUCCGAACCAGUCGAGGACUGGGAGACGGUCGGAGCCCCCGUGAACGAGGGCGCGGCGCCCCUGUACCAUGAUGGGAAAAUCUGGGUCGCGUACUCGGCGUCGUACUGCUGGACGGCGAACUACUCGCUUGCCCUGCUCGAGUAUGAUGGUGCAGGUGAUCCGCUGGAUAGUGCGUCGUGGACAAAGUCGCAGGGUCCGGUGUUUGUUUCGGCGGAUGGUAAUUAUGGGACGGGCCAUAACGGGUUCUUCACGAGCCCUGAUGGCACGGAGAUCUGGAAUAUCUAUCACGCAACGCGAAUUGCGGAGGGCGCGUGCGACGGAAACCGGUAUACUGCCGCGCUGCGUGUUGAAUGGAAUGAGGAUGGAUCGCCGGACCUGGGCGUGGCUCCAUCGUUGGAUACGGUGUUGGAGGGGCCGUCCGGGGAGGUUGCUUAA